AUGGCACGUUCAUUGGAACGUACUGAUACUUCACUCACGCAAUAUGUAAUGACAAGAUGGUAUCGUAGUCCAGAAGUAAUUUAUUGGAAUAUUGAUGGCUACAAUGAACAAGUCGAUGUUUGGUCGGUGGGCUGCAUAACGGCUGAGUUAAUGCUAGGAAAACCGUUAUUCCCCGGAGAAGAUACAAAUGCACAAUAUGAAAUGAUAACUGAAUUAUGCGGCAGUCCAGAUGAAGAUCUCAUGAAGAAGAUAGAGUCGAAUAGCCCGGCUACACGACGUGUCGUCGAGUCGUAUCGCCAUCAUGAGCGUCAAGAUUUCGCUAAGCGAUUUAUUGGCUGCCCUCGUCUGUUCGUGGACUUCCUAGACAAAAUUCUUGUGCUAGAUCCUGAGAAGAGGCUCACCGUUGAACAAGCUUUGGCACAUCCGUAUUUUGCUGAUUAUGUGGAUGCCACGGAUGAACCCAUCGCAACAUCGUCAUUCGAUUUGAAUGAUAAUCCAAGUAGAACGCGGGACGAGUGGAAGGGCCUUAUUUGGCAGGAAAUUCAAAACUUCGUUGGCGACGAGUGUUCUCCAGAACUUCCUUCUUAUACAGAGUAUUAA